UACACGCUUUCACCGCCUUCCUCCAUUUCCCUUAUAAAUACCCCAAAUCAAAACCAAAUUCGUUUCUCUCCACCGAUCGCAAAACCCUAACCCUAAUUUAACUCCACAUUCCAUAUCAAUUUCAUCAUCAUUAUCGUUCUCAAAACAGUAUUGGAUCUGCAUCUAAUCUGUUGACACACAAUGUCUGCGAUUGUGUGUGGUAAAAGAUCCUUCUUCGAAGAAUUAUCCACGUCACCGGCCUCUGCAUCGCCUCCCGUUGCUAAGAAACUCCGUUGUUCUUCCACUUCUCCGGUUCGGCUUCCGGUUUUUCAUAAUUCAUCGCAUGUAUCCGCUCUUACUGACCAGCUUCAGGCUCUGUUUCCUAACAUGGAUAAGCAGCUUUUGGAGAAAGCUCUAGAAGAGAGUGGAAAUGAUUUAGACUCUGCCAUCAAGAGUCUUAAUGAACUUUGUAUUGGAUACGUGGAUGGGAAUGCAGUUGCAGGCACUAGUGAUGAGUACGUUAAUGCAGAAAACGCAUCAGUUCAUACCAACACUCCCAAAAGUGGUUUAGAAUGGGUUGAACUAUUUGUCACAGAAAUGAUGAAUGCUACAAGUGUUGAUGAUGCUAGAUCACGUGCCAUGAGCAUGCUGGAGAGCUUGGAGAAAUCUAUAAACCAACAUUCUGUUGGUUCUGCUGCAGAAAGCCUUCAAAAGGAAAACAUGGUUCUGAAGGAACAAAUUGAAGGUCUUCUACGGGAAAAUACAAUACUGAAACGGGCUGUAGCUAUUCAGCAUGAACGCCAGAAAGAUUACGAUGAGAGCGCACAAGAGGUGCAACAUUUAAAGCAGUUGGCGAUGGUGCAUCAGGAGCAGAUCAGGACGCUUCAGGUGAAUAACUAUGCAUUAACAAUGCACCUAAAGCAAGCUCAAGAAAGCAACUCGAUCCCUGGACGUUUUCAUCCGGACAUCUUCUGAUAAAACAAAAACUGAUACAUAGAUAGAGGGAUGAAGAAUGAAGCAACAUGUUGUUAGAUAUUGUUACAGUUGUCAUGUAAACAUAGAUGAAUGAAGAAUGAAGCAACAAGUAUGUUAUUGUUAGAUAUUGUUACAUUUGCCAUAUAAACAUUAAUCUAGAGGACAAGACCUCCGUUAAAUGUGUAAUAUGAUUUAUCUUGUUGCUGUUGGUACAAA